GCAGCAUAUAGCCGAGAAGAUGUCUCAUGUCGUAAAGAAAAGAAAAUUGGAUAAAACCCGACAGGACAGGCUGUACUUUGACAGCUACACUGAUGUAACUAUCCACGAGGAAAUGAUAGCGGACCACGUCCGCACCAACACGUACCGGAUGGCGAUACUGAGGAACAGUGAGUCCAUACGGGGUAAAGUUGUACUGGACGUCGGGGCAGGAACCGGCGUUUUAAGCAUGUUCUGUGUUCAAGCCGGUGCUAAGAAAGUGUACGCUGUUGAAGCCUGCUCCAUCGCCGAGCAGGCUGUGAAAAUAGUCACACAGAACAAUAUGGAGGACAAAAUUGAGGUUAUUCGAGGCACGGUGGAGACGGUGGACCUACCGGAGAUGGUGGAGGUGAUAGUGAGCGAGUGGAUGGGGUAUGCCCUCCUGCACGAGUCCAUGCUCAACUCGGUCCUCUACGCACGCGACAAGUGGCUGAAGCCGGGUGGCGUCAUCCUACCGAGCAAAGCCGAGCUGUUCAUCGCACCCAUCAGCGACCCGGUGGUGGAGGACCGCUUACAUUUCUGGUAUACCGUCAAAGACCAGUACGGCGUCGACAUGUCCUGCAUGUCCGACUUCGCCAGGAGGUGCAUCAUGAACUCCGACAUCACCGUGAACUCGGUGACCGUUGAAGACGUGCUCUCCCACCCGGCCCGCUUCGCCGAGCUCGACUUGUAUUCGGUCACCGUGGAGGAGCUGCGGUCGGUGAAGGGCAGGUUCCGGUGCGAGUCGUUCGGCUCGGCGGCGGUGAACGCUUUCUGUGUUUACUUCACGGUUACUUUCCCCUGCCCGGACAAGCCGCAAGCGCUCGUGCUCUCCACCUCCCCGUUCAAACCGGAGACGCACUGGAAGCAGGCGGUGCUGUACCUGGACGCUCCGGUGGAUGUGGUGCAGGACACAGUGGUUACCGGAGAGAUCAGCAUGUUUCCCUCGGAGGAAAGCGCCAGACAUAUAUGUAUCCAUGUGGACUACACGAUAGGAGAGCAGAAAAGACAAUCCAAGACUUUUUCCAUCCCUGACUGGAGCAGCGAAGCUCAGUCAUAGUUCCGCAUCAACAUUUAGUGUUAUAGUUAAUUCACCAGGCAGCACACUCAGAUCCUGCGAUUAUUAUCUGUCACUAAGAUGCCCAAACCUGCUCACUGAGUUUUGGAAGUGGAGCAAUGACUGUGUGGUGCUUAAUGAUCUAAAGGCUAUGAUGCAACUAUGAUACAAAUGCAUGAUGGGCCUGCAGCUAACAUACUCAAUAGGUUUUGACCCAUCUCUCUAGGCUAAAUCAAAGUGCAUUUUUGGAGCAGACACAAACACCACUGAGUGUGUUGUUUAUGUUACAUGUUCAUAGUUUGGAGUCGUUUAUGUCUUGUUCAAGCUUGUUUUUAGGCCUAAUAUAAUAAUACACCUAAAUUGUAGAAGAAAUAAAUGCAUAUCCUUAACACCUUUCAUAUGCAUUUUUUUCACUCAACGAGACCAAUAUAAGGUUAUGACAGUAUCAUUUUGAAAUGCAUUCCGUUUUUUUAGUGAUUUAUAACAAAUAACAUACUUAUAACACAUUGCAUCAGUAGUAAGUAGGAUUAUGACUAACCAUUGACUUCUCAAUUAAUCAUUUGGUCUAUAAAUUGUUAGAAAAUGUAACAAAAAUGUUUGGUCCAAUCAACGGUCCAAAACCCAAAUACUGUUGAUUUACUAUUACUAACAGUAAUACUAACUGUACUUACUGAUUACUACACUAGUGCAGAAAAAAGAAAAAAAGGCAAAUCCCCUCAGUUCGGUCAUUUUGAAUCAGAAGUCCCUGUAAUAAUUGUCAAACAGUUGCCGCUUAAUUUCUAUCAAUCCAUUAAUCAAUUAAUCAGCUAAUUAUUUCAGUUCCUGUAGGUUCUAACAGUUUUAUUCCUAGACUGGAAAAAACAUUUGAAACAGCAUUUGCAGCAUUUGGCCAUAAAAGCAUUCUUGCUAAUGAACAAUUUUAGGUGUGUGUGUGUGUGUGUGUGUGUGUGUGUGUGUGGCAGGUUUCAUCUGAGCUUUUUACAAAUUGUUGAAUAUAUUCAACACCAUGCUGCAGACAUCUGAUAUUCUAAUAAAUGUAAUCAUGCAUAUUGUGUGCAGUCUGAUCAAAAUGCUGCAUUCAUAUGAGGAUUAGACCAAUAUAUUGACUUGGACAAGCUGCUGUCAGGCAGGAGGUGUUUUACAUUGGCUGGUUUUCAGUUUUUAAAAACAAACUAAAUUGGCUCAUUAUUUUGGUUUAAAACUAGCACACGCUGUCAUCUGGUGCCAAAAACCACUGACUUUAUCCAAAGUUGUAAUUCUGUUGCAGCAUGCUGCAAAGUAGCAAAGACUGUGUGCAACAAAGUAUUUUCUUUCUGGCUAAUAAGAAUCGUGCUUUAUCCAAGUUGUGAAAGUUUUUAUCAUUAGCAAUUAUCAGAAUUAAUCUUUUUUUUUUUUUUUAAUGAAAGUUUAUAGUUUUAUUACCAUGCUUAUCAAUUUAUCAUCAUGCAUAUAAGAAAAACUGUAAUCUGCUCACUAUCAGUCAUUGAUUCACUUUGUAUGACUUUAGAGUCAGCAAACAAUAAGUGGGUUUGGGUUUUGGCAGAUUAUAUUGCGGGGAGUAUGACUGGCACCUGUGUUUCAAAGAAAAUUAUUGACAACCUACAUUGACUAUUGGGAUGAGAAAUGGGAACUAGACUCUAAUAAAUGGUUUGACUGUGUCAUGUGUCAUGAGUCCUGACUCAAAACACAGUAGCUAAGUACAGGAAGAAUCCUGAGCAUGUGUUUGCCACAGCUUUAUUUAUACAUCCAUACUUUUCCCCGAGGAAACUUCAGCUUUACACAUUUAUUUGAAAUUACUAAUUGCGAAUACACUAUGCUUUAAAUGUAGGUCCGCUUUUAGGAGAA